CCUUAAAUCUGUGUCAGUUUGGUCUUAACCUCCUGUACAACACACCUGUACAUUAGUGUUCCUGGACGUGACCCCCGAAGCAUGCAAACGUCUUCUCCCCCCUUACUCUGUGUAGAGGACUAUGAGGCUUAUGCUAAGGACAAGCUCCCUUCCAUGGUUGAGAAUUACUUCAAGGCAGGAUCAUCGUUGGAGCAGACAGUGCAAGAAAACUCGCUGGUGUAUAGGAGAUACCGAUUCCGUCCCCGGGUGUUGAGGGACGUAUCCAAGAGAGACAUGUCCACUACAGUGCUGGGCAGUCCGGUCAGUUGUCCAGUGGGCGUGGCUCCCAUGUCUAUAUGCCGCAUGGCUCACCUGGAUGGGGAGAUGGGAAUAGCUAAAGCAUGUGAGCGACUCCAGCUACCCUUUGGUCUGUCUACCGUCUCAACAUUCAGCAUUGAAGACAUAGCAGUCGGAGCUCCCAACAGCGUCAGGUGGUUCCAACUCUACAUAUUCAAGGAGCGUAGCCUGACAGAAACGCUGGUGCGGAGAGCUGAGGCGGCUGGGUUCUCUGCCCUUGUUUUGACGGUAGAUGCACCGGUCGCCGGUAGGAGGUUGUCCUCCAUGAGAGAAGGAUUUACAGUUCCGGGUCAUCUCAGAUUACCGAACAUCGACGCUUCUGAUGGUAUAUUCAAAUCUCUGAGAACGGAGGCAGCCAAUGUGCCAUAUUUGGAAAUUGUUGGGAGUCAGUUGGACCCAUCGAUCACGUGGGAUGGCGUCAAAUGGCUCUUAAACUUCACGCGACUGCCUGUUAUUGUAAAGGGUGUUUUAAAUGCUGAAGAUGCGAGAGAUGCGGUAUCUCACGGAGUGUCGGCUAUCUGGGUGUCAAAUCACGGCGGGCGACAGUUAGACGGUGUACCGGCCUCGUUAGACGUCCUCGCCGAGGUCGUGGACGCUGUCGGCGAUCGUUGUGAGGUUUACUUGGACGGUGGCGUCAGAAGCGGAUAUGACGUCAUCAAGGCUAUAGCAAUCGGAGCCAGGGCUGUGUUCAUGGGCAGGCCCGCAUUAUGGGGACUCGUGCACAAGGGUACAGAGGGCGUUGUUAAUCUCCUGCAGCUGGUGAAGGAUGAAGUGGACAACGCAAUGGCGCUUCUUGGCGUUGCAAACCUAGACGAACUGAAUCGAAGUCACGUGACACACGAGUCCCUGCUCCCCAAGCUGUGAUCACACUGUGGGUUUGGUUAGAGGUGUGACAGGUUAUAACACCCUUGCUACUGACAGUGAUUGAGUUAUUGUUGUUUUACGCCGCAUCGGUUAGUUGGCAGCUAUUUGCGGCUACGACACAUGGAUAUCAGAACAGUGUUAAUUUAUAUUGUAAUCUCUUGAUAUACGACGAUGAAAUGUCCCUCAAUGCAGACAAAAUUGAACUGACGUGAUUAAUAAAAGUCGAUUCCUUAAUGUACUCUU